UUGUAUCGCUUUCUCAAUAUGAGGACGAGUACACGUGCACCGGAUAACCUCGGUACAAAAGAACCUGAAUGUGCUGCUUAUCUUCGUCACCUCGACAUGGGAAAUGAGGAAAGUAUAUCCGGAUCACAUUUGUAGAAGUUUCUUCGUUGUCUCAGUUACGAGCGAUAGACCUCGGGUGAGGUUGAGUUCAAGGAUAAUUUCACAUUCUAGAAUAUUUUUGCCAUGAGUUCAACAGACCUCAAUGUGCCAGGGCAGGAAUUGCAACACCAUUUACAGAAAAUGAAGGUGGAUAUUUUGAGAGAUGUAGAAGAUAAAAUCGAUCAAGCAAUGGAUCAACUAUACGAUGUCUUGGAUUCGCAUAAAUCAAUUAUAUCGGAGAAUGAAAAUCAAGAGAAUAAUUUGAAAAAAAAAUUUUUGGUUACAAAAGCUAAAAACAUCUGGCAACACUACUUGUGUGUCUGUGAAAGCAUGGCUGUUCCUGAUCGAGUGUUCCCGGAUCUGAGUGAAUUUCGUCUGCAAGAUCUAUUUCUAGUGACACAGAAUAAACAAGAAAGCAUUCGGUGGGCGAUGGACAAUGGUCUGCUAAAAAAACAACGCAUUUGCGAAAACGGACGUUGUGUGGGAGUAAAUGCAAUGAGAUUAGAAGAGACGGACAGAACAGACGGCUUAGUUUGGCGAUGUUCAGCAGGUAGGGCUUGUCGAAAAAAGAUUUCUAUUCGCAAGGAUUCAUUUUUCGAAAACAGCCAUUUGCCAGUAUCAAAAAUUCUUCAAUUAGCAUAUCUGUGGGCCUUUCAGCUCGACAAACAGGACUUUCUCAUGAGAGAACUUCAGAUUGCUUCUGCCCACACAAUUCUGGAUUGGAAACAGUUCUGUCGUGAUAUAUGCCACGAAUGGUUUCUUCUAAAUCCAAUUGUCAUUGGAGGGUCCGGCCACACUGUUGAGAUUGAAGAAAGUUGUUUUGUUCGUCGGAGUCGUCUCGUCAGAGAACAGUGGGUUUUUGGAGGAUAUGAUGUGCGUACCAAGGAAAGUUUCAUGGUCGCAGUAGAUCACCGAAAUGCCUCCACGUUGCUGCCCAUCCUACAGAAGUUUGUUCUACCUGGAACAACUGCAGUUUCUGAUUUGUGGGCCAAAUAUAAUAUCUCUGGAAACAAAGAGUACCAACAUCUUACUGUAAAUCAUUCGGUGAACUUUGUCGACCCUGUCACUCAUGCCACCACAAAUCGUGAGAAAUGUAUUUGGCAGAAGGCCAAGGAAAAGAAUAAACGUUGCUUUGGUAAUCGUCGUGCCAUGCUAAAUAAUUCUCUAGCAGAAUUUUUAUGGCGUCAACAAUUUCAAAGAGAUGCGUUUAAAAAUUUUAUUUCUCAAGUGCGUCAGUUCAGAGACUUAUUUAAAGUAACUCAUCUUCAGUCUAUCUAUAACAUAUGUGCAGCAUCAUUAUUUUUACUUAUUUUCAAAACUGCAUUACUUUAUGCAUGUGAUCCAGAGAAGUUAAUUGAAGAUUUAGAAAUAUUAUCCUGGGGUCUUGGUUACUUUUCUAUUGUUGUGAUAGUAUGGCUAAGUAUGAAUUUAAGUAUCAUUGGAAUUAUUUAUCCUUGUUUAAGAGUCUGGUCUUCUACUCGAUAUCCAAGCAAACAUAUAGGAUGCUUUGACUUACUGUUUGGAGCUUUUUAUAUUCUUUACCAAAUGAUGCUACUUUUUAUACCUGCAUUAGUGGUUACAUUAUAUAAUAUUCCUCAAAUAUCCUCAUCUAUCAUCAUAUUUGAACAGGUACGAUUAAUGCUGAAAGUUCAUGCAUUUGUGAGAGAGAAUGUUCCACGUGGUAUCAAUUUUAAACCACAUGAAGAUGAUAUACAGAAACCAUACCCAGAAAUAAGGAAUCUCAUUUACUUUUUAUUUGUUCCCACUCUUGUUUACAGAGAUAAUUAUCCUAGGUUGCCAAGAACAUCUUGGAAGAAAGUAGCAAUAUAUUUUGUUCAAUUUGUUGCAUGUAUUUUCACUACAUUUGUACCUUUCUGCCGAUUUCUAGUGACAACAUUUAGUCAAGUUGGAUUUAUUCAAUUCACAAAAGCAGAUAUUAUUUUAAUUCAAACAAAAGCAGUACUUGUUGGUAGUCUUUGCAUGUUUUUGUUAUUUUAUGGAAUGCUGCAUUGCUGGUUAAAUAUGUUUGCUGAAAUUUUACGUUUUGCAGAUCGCCAAUUUUACUCGAAGGAGGUGUUCAAGUCUUGGUCAAGAGAGUUAAUAGAGUUUCAAAGCAGAAUUCUAGUGCUACAUAAGCAGUUGCCCCAUGUACAUUUUCAUGUUGAUGAAUGGGAAAAAACUAGAGUUGAUGGAACUAGAAAAUUGAAGCAUAAUGCUGUCACUUCCAUAUUUUUUUAUGCAACACCUAAAAUAUCUAGAAAGGUUCCACCACUUCACACAGUAAGAAACCCACUUCCUUCAAAAGCCUGUAAAAUUUCAAAAGAUGAUGCAAGUUCUGUUGAACAAGCAUCAAAAAAUUCUGGAAGUAAAGGAUCCGAUGGAGGUCCAGGUAACGUAACUGGUAUUUGCAUGUUUUUUCUUACAGUUUGGGUUAUGUUUUUAACUCGACAAAAAAAAUCAUCAGGAUGGAACAUCUUUCUUUGGACAGGAUUAUUUUUUGGAUGGGGACUUAUGAUAUUUUUUUACAGUUUGGAGUGGUAUUCUAGAAUUAAUUGCCCAUCUCAUUCAAAUUCCUGGAAAGAUUACAUAAUACCAAGAACUUGGAGCUGCAUCUCAAAUUGAAAAUUCUGUAUAUAUUUAUAAAGUUCUGUUUAUUUAAAAUAUUCUGUUUAAUUUAAUUACAGGCAUUAUAAAGUAACUUAAUAAACAUUUCAUAAUAUAAAAACUUGAUAAAUUAAAUUAUAUAAAAAUUGAAUAUUCAUUAAACUGAGUGUGUCAAAUGCAUUUAACAUCAUGGGCCAUUUAAUGCUACUGAUAAGAUUCAAGCGAGCCAUAUCGCAUUUUCAAAUUUUCUUAAAAUUAUAUUUUGAAGUGAAGAUUCGGGAACAUACAUAGGAUAAUUAAAACAUAUUAUGUAGUUAACACCUAAAUAGGGGGCUUUCCCAUAGACUUACCUGGAAGCAUCCCACUUGUCAAAUCGCCCACGUGUCGCGUUGUCAUAUACGAAAAAUCCAAAUAUAUGUUGUUUUAGUUUUUAAUAAAAAAAAAGUAUCCACAAGAAUAAUGCAUAAUUGUUAUUUAUUUUGAAUUUACUGGUUACAGCUGUAUAUUCGUUUGU